AUGAGCAGUUUGCUUGCCCUUAGUUGUCUUCUGGUCAUCGUCAUCAUUCUUUCCAUUUACCAGGGCCAACCACUACCCAAGUGGCCAAAAUAUCUACCGAUCAACUCCCUUAUGGCCAUAUUUACUGCGGUCUUCAAAGCAUCGUUGAUUAUGCCAGUAGCUGAAGGGCUCGGUCAGCUCAAAUGGGAAUGGUUCAACCAGCCUCGGCGCUUGGCUGAUGUUGUUCUUUUCGACGAUGCCAGUCGUGGGCCAUGGGGCUCUCUCGUGCUCAUCGUCAAGCAGACAUUCCGACUUGAGCAUUCCAUCGGUGCAAUUAUUACUGUUGCAGCUCUCGCGAUUGAUCCUUUCUCCCAGGCUAUGAUCGAGUAUAGACCUUGCCCUCAAAUACUUAAGGACCCUCGA